AUGGGUAUUUGAGCUGUCAGGUUUUUAUCGCUAUCCCACGACAUGGUCACCUCCAUCGGAUUUGCAAUACAUCUGCAACUCUGAAGAAAGUAGUCUGAACUUGUUCUAUCUCUGUGGUAUUCAUUCUGAUUCCGUCCGCCGGUCGUUAUCCAUGAUCAGUCAGUCAUGUCAGUACCCAUGUGGAUGUUCCCAUCACACCCCAAUAUAUAGAAGAAAAAGUCCAAGUUUCCCUGUGCCUCUUUGUAAGUACUUGUUUUCUCAUUCUCAGCUGCUUGUAUUUUCUUUUACUUUCGUUCGUAGUCGUAGACGCGGUAAAAGUGGUUCUGUGCUAUUGCUGGUCAUUCUUGUGGCAGGACAUCUUUAACCUUAUCUCAUUUGUAUCCUUGCCAGCUUAGAUAUUUAUUAGAUAGCCCCAACUUCAUCGUUGCCUAUCAAAUUGAUUAAUUCGUCAAUCUGGUUGACCUGCUUGUUUCGCAUGUUGCAGUAAACGAAGGGCAACACACAUAAGCGCAACAUACUGCUACUCGCACGUGAGGCAUGGAUUAGAUGCGAAUGCUUUGAGAAUAAAAAAAGUAUAAAAGAAAACAAAAAAAAUGUUGUGCCGUAAGCAAGUUCUCCAGUAUUUCUGUCUUGUCGCCUCCUGUUCUUCGCUCUUGGCAAAUGCAGUGUCUGGAUGGAGCGCAACGGUUCAGGAUGUUGGGGUGGAUGAGUACCUGCUGACGAUGCAGUGGACGCACGACCCGAACUUGGUGCAACCAACACAAGUCUCGAAUCCCGGAAAUCAGGAUGGCUCUGCUACCAACGGAAAGCAAGGCGUGUGUGACCCCGACAGCGGUGCGCGAGCCACGGACGGCCUUCUCUACUGGGUCCCGCGGAUCUUCGCGAUGCCUGUCAGUGCGGAGAUCACCCAGAAAACAGGUGUCCAGUACGCCAGUGUAGACUGGCAGCCGUGCGGUCACAAAGAUGUCGUCAUCUGUCACGCAGAGUCGCACUACGAUUUCCACCUGUACUACGUCCCACAAUCAGAAGUGAACUCCUACAACUGCGAGGGACCGAAUCCGACGUGUCCGGACGUACCUCUACCACACUAUAAUUCGCUUUCCAUCAGAGUCUGAUGGAAGAUAGAAUUAGACAGAGCUACACCUAAUCUAUCAUCUCACUCCUCAUUUUUUAUGUCUUCGUUUUCUUUGUAUGUAACUCAGGAGUCUGCGGCUGCUCUCUCUCCUUUUUUUUCGAUCGUAUGACCCUCUACCAAUACUCCUCAGACUGACGCGGAUUCCAAUCAGCGUUUUUUCAAGCUGUUGAAGGGAAACUUGCCCAGCUUUUCGGACAAAGGAGGAAACACGCAGACUUUCAACUACUGCGUUGAUCCUACCAGCGCGCUGCCAAAAAGUGGCAUUCACUACGGGGACAAGUCCGAAACUCUAAACGAAUGGAAAAAUCCAGUCACGAUCAUUGGUACAUUCAAGCUGGAUUUCUUCAUGGUAGUCUCCUGUCUCUCUAGUCUAGUUUUACAUAAGUCGUCGCGAGAAGGAUGGAUGGAGGAUAAAGAUUAUACCCGGGGUCUGUAGUUUGGCAUCUUCUUAGUAAAUGACAAGUUAGUUACAACUUAGAAGUUUGUACGAUGGAUUGCAAAUAUCCUUUUCGCAAGAACAACAAGCAACGAAAUAUUCUCUGAAUAUCUACAGGAUCGUACGAUUGCAAGCUGACAUUUUUUGAGCCAAUGAUUAGUUGGAAGUGGAUUUCCAACACUGUGCGUGGUGGAGCCAACAGCUGGCCCAAAUGGGAGUCUGGACGCAUUACUUACGAUUCGCAAACCUACAAGCCCCUACCCCGCGAAUGGUCGGUGGAAGUGGGACCCGAUUGUGCGACUAGUGGCGCGGUUUCUUGCUGGAUUCGCAUCGUGGUUCGCGGUAAGAGGUGCGAUUCUGGUGGUUGUGGUGCAUUACCGCAAGAAUGCUCACAACAAAAAAGCUGCAUUACGAAUCAGCUCACUGGCCGGAUGCCAGCAUCUACACCGAUUCUUGCGCCAUCGUCUGGUAUAAUGCCGUCUUCGUCCUCGUCCAAUUCUGGAUCGUCCGGUACUUCAGCAGGCUCCAGCAGCAGCGGAACGAGCAGUGGAAAUAGCGGCUCCUCAUUUUCUACUUCCAGUGGAAACACAGCUACUGGACCUGGAACGAGCGGAUCGUCUUUGUCGACCGGAGGAAGCUCAACCGCGGCUGCGACUACACCACCACAACCAGUUUUGUUAAGGCGAGUAGAGUUUCUAAACAUGAACAUGAUAGCCUGUUGGUCUUAGAUCCAUCUGUUCUGAAGAAUAUAAACUGUAGAUGUGUUCUGAAGGAUAUAAACUCAGUAAUACUAGCAACAGCUGCAAUGAAUAUGAGGUACAGGACCUCUGGCUCAACUAUGCUGCGCUUAUUUGAACAUGAUCAAAGUGAAACCGGUUAAAAUCGCUUAUUGCCAGUAGACCACCACGUCGAUAUGACUCAUGCUUUUCUAAUCUUUGUCGAUCCUAUUUAUGGAUCGCAGCGACUUACCGUGUCCGGACUGAAUGGCGCAACACAAGUCUCCGGACGCUUCGUGCUUGGGCUAGAGCGUGGAAUCGCGAAGUUUUUGGGGACUUCCAAGUCGAAAAUCUCCAUCUUACAGACCAGAGUAGUGCAGAGGAGGAAACUCGAAUCGGAACUUGCUGGUGACGUGUCUGUUGACACCGCUCUUCUGAAGCUUGAGAGCGAGAAGGUCUUGAUGGGUGGGCGACGAGAUGAAGGAGAGCUUGCCGGAGGAGGACGUGGCGAAGAUGCACAGUCUCGGACUCGGUCGCCUACAAGGGACUUGUCCUCUGCCAUGGCUUCUACUGUCGAAGUGGAUUAUGUCGUGCAGUACCUGCGUGUCGACACAGAAGCGGGUAUCGCUGAUAAGGCCAGAAAGUUAGCGCAGUCUGGCGGCCUGUCCAGUACGGAGCAAGCAGAAUUGAAAACGGCAAUGGAUGACGAAAUCUCGGUGUCUACAGACUACUCUAUGCGUGUUUCUCAAGCAACGCCCUACAGUACGCCAUCGAACAGCGAGAGCGGCAGUAGUGGCUACGCUAUGGGUGGACUCACGUCGGGAGCAAAAGCUGUGCGGCUACCUAUCGCAACGCAGAUAGCGGCACUUCUGCUGAUGGCCUCGCCAUCGGUGUACAUGCUCUAAGCCACAUUUACGGAUGGAGAAAAGACUUCAGGCGGAGAGAAGUAGAAGGAAUAGUUGUACUUGGAAAUAGAGCAGCCUUGUGGACGAGGAUCAGCAGCUACUUCAUUCGUCCAAUAAUAUAAAGCUUAAGCUAGAGGACCAAAAGAUAUUCCAGUCUGCUGAAAUAGAAGUGUCAAUUCGAGAAGUUUCAUCGCGAGUCUUAGAUAGAUACUUAGCUAGGAAUAUCAUACUUACACCUACGUCAAGACUCCAAAAUGAAUGUACUCUUUGUUUUGUCCUGAAGAGGAACUUACUUCUACCGGAAGCAAGAAUUUCUCGCGAGUGACAACAGAAGGUACUUACUCUAAAUAUUACCAAUUCGUGUAAGUUGUGUGCAGCUGCAGUUAUGUACCUUCGUCGUCGCUCCCGUGAGUAAAAACAUCGACUUCGUAAUGUAUUGUGAGACGCAAUAUGCGAUGUCAUAGUUUUAUUAAGUAGUUUUCAGUAUAGCGUAAGUAAGAGUAAGUGUCAGUGCAUAGAGAGAAGUCAGGAUUCUAUCUCCUGUAGCUUUCAGCGCAUUUUUGCAGAAGUAGAAAGCACUAUCAUCGUUUUUUUUUCCUGGACGUCAUGUGCAGAGGUGAUAUUUACAUCGGCUUGUUGAUCUCAAACUUCACUGGUAUGAGAUUCCCUGUUGCCGAAAUCCAGGACCGGCAUACAACUCUUCGUGGACGACAUGACGAUGUGGACGAUGUGCUUCAGUAUGACCAUGAGCAUGAGCUUGCAGAAAAUGAAACUGCAAAAAAAAUUUCGACUUGUCUUUAAGUUUAACGACAAGAUUCAUGAU